AUGGCACGUGUAUUCCAAACAACUUACAGUGACGACUAUAAACAUCGCUUGGAAAAUCGAAGCCUUGCUUUACUUCGCCAAAUAGACGGCGGUCUUCCCGCAAGCUCUUUUUCUCUACCCCUGCCGUGUACGACAUCAGCGGUAAAAGAGCACCUAAGAAUCAAUGAUUUUAAAUCGAAUGUUAAACGUAACAAUUUUACUGAAUUUGGUUCCAAUCGUUUUCUGAAGAAUAUUGCUGAAAAGCAGCCAGAUUUGUAUACUGAAAUUGAAGAAAAUACUCCCUGGGAACAACGAGCUGAAGGUUCGAGGAUGAAAUCGUCCUAUCAUAUAGAAUACGAUCAUCUACCAGAACAGUUGACUUUGAGGCCAAUGAAAAACUUAUCAAAAACUGGUAAAUGGCUUGAUCGGAAGUAUUUUCAACGAGAAUGUAAUUUAAAUCCUCCGUGCCAUGGGACAACAGGUUCAGAAACAAAGCCAUGUACCUGUCAAUUAUGUGCAAAACAGACGGGAGCAGAGUUGGAUCGGCCAGCCAGAUUCGGCUGUGUGUAUGCGAUUUCGAAUAUUCCUAAAAGCUACAUUACGUCGAGUCAUUGGCCAGAGCGAGACUGGAAGAGUACAGCAGUAUACAAGACGGAGUAUCGAGAUAAAAUUGGGCGACUUGGUCGAAUUUUGCAACAAGAGGACAUUCAUGAUCAUACGCCCUGUACCUCUCCAAGUAACUGCCAUCAUAGGUUUUUCUUGUAA